GUGAAUAUAUGUAUAUAUAAUUAAAUACAUGCUAUUACUUUAUCAGCUGUUCGCUGAAGAAACAUAACCUUCUUAACAAAUUUGUACAAAUUUAGUGAAAAAAUGCUUAGUAGCAAAGUUUUGAACAAUAUGGCGCAAAAUGUUCGAAUAAUACUUGAUCUGAAAGAAUUGAACAAAACUAAUAGACUUGCAUUUUUCUUAUAUAGUCUUUUCAUAGAUUGCAUACGUUUGUUUUCGGAGAAAAAAACAAAUGGAAAAGUGGAAAGUGAAAGGAUUAAAGAAUUUAGGAAGAAAUUACGUACACCUAUAGAUAAAUUACCAGAAUUUGAUGAAGGGAAGCAUCCAUAUCAAGAAAAAGAACCUUUGAAAUCAUUUCCAGAUAAUACAAAUCCAAAAACAGGUGAAAUUAAUGGACCUCGUGGACCAGAACCAACUCGUUAUGGAGAUUGGGAAAGAAAAGGACGUGUGACAGACUUUUAGAUAUUCAUUCAAUACAACUAUCACAAUAAUUAUUUUAGAAAAACUAUAUUAAUUAUGUAUCAUUAGUAAUAUUUCCAUUAUAAUGUUAUUGUGUAAAUUGUAAAUAUAAGUUAUGCAUAGUAAAAUAUUAAUAUUAUAGAACUUUA